UCCAAAAACCUUGGUCCAAUCAGAGCAGAGCUGCUCUGCCGGGGCUCUCGUCCCCUCUCCCAAAAGUGGUAUAUGUACCGCAAGACUCAGCCAGAGUCCUUUACUCGACACAUACUUCAGAUAAGUAAGAAGACGCAAAAGGUUCAGGAUUUUGGGGGAGUUUGUUCUGCAGAAGGAGACUCCUCAAGAGGUCUGGCUCUCUUGCAGAUAACAGAGUUCGAGCUGAUUCUGGCCCGUUUGGGAGCCUGAUGUCUCUGCAUUUAUCUCCAGAAUCAACCUGAGGUUGCGAGUGGCAAGUGAAGAAGUAACCCCUUAAAGGUUGUAGAAGAAGAAAAUGGAUACCAGAUUGUUAUGGCUGUUCUCUCAACUCUUAAUAGCUUUUUGCACGGGACAAGACACGGGAACAGAGCCGGAGCAACCGGAGGAGACCCCAGAGGGCGCAUCCACUCUGGCGUUCGUGUUCGAUGUGACCGGCUCCAUGUACGACGACCUGGUCCAAGUGAUCGAAGGCGCGUCUAAGAUACUGGAGACGUCCCUGAGCAGACCCAAGAGACCGCUGUACAACUUCGCGCUUGUCCCCUUUCACGAUCCAGAGAUCGGACCUGUUACCAUCACAACAGACCCAAAGAAGUUCCAGUACGAGCUGAGGGAGCUGUAUGUCCAGGGUGGUGGAGAUUGUCCAGAGAUGAGCAUCGGAGCCAUCAAGAUCGCCCUGGAGAUCUCUCUGCCGGGGUCCUUCAUUUACGUCUUCACAGAUGCCCGAUCAAAAGACUACAAGCUGACCCAUGAGGUUCUGCAGCUCAUCCAGCAGAAACAGUCACAGGUGGUGUUCGUACUGACAGGUGACUGUGAUGACCGGACUCACGAGGGCUACCGGGCCUACGAGGAGAUCGCCUCCACCAGCUCUGGACAGGUGUUCCAUCUAGACAAGAAGCAAGUCAACGAGGUCCUGAAGUGGGUGGAGGAGGCGGUGCAGUCGUCCAAGGUCCACCUGCUGUCCACCGAUCACUCCAAGGGCGUCAGCCACACCUGGCAGAUGCCCUUCGACCCCAGCCUCAAGGAGGUCACGGUGGCACUGAGUGGCCCCGCGCCUGACAUCGAGAUACGGAACCCCCAAGGGAGGCUGAUGGGGCCGAGUGACGGCCUGACGGAGCUCCUCCACAUCCAGAACUCCGCCAAGGUGGUGAACAUCAAAGACCCCCUGCCUGGCAUGUGGUCCAUCAAGACGUCGAGCCAGGGACGGCACUCGGUCCGCAUCUCCGGCCUCAGCACCAUCGACUUCCGCGCUGGCUUCUCCCAGAAGCCCACGCUGGACUUCAGGAAGACGUCCCGGCGCCCGGUGCAGGGCACCCCCACCCACAUCCUGCUCAACGCCACGGGCCUGGCCCCUCCGGCCCUCCUGGACAGGCUGGAGCUGGUGUCCAUCACGGGGGAGGUGGUGAAGACCCUCCCCAUCCUCUCCUACCCCGGUCGCCAGCCCUUCAGCCUGUGGAACAUCAGCGAGUUCAUCCCCCCCAGCGAGGCCUUCUUCCUCCGGGUGUCCGGGUACGACCGGGAAGGCGUCCUGUUCCAGAGGGUCUCCAGCGUGUCCUUCUCCAGCAUCGUCCCAGAUGCCCCCUCGGUGGUGAUGCUGGCCACCACCCCUGGGUACUACCACCAGGGCGGCGCCAUCCCCUGCCUGGUGGACAGCCUCAUCCCCUACACCGUGCGCUUCACCAGGGACGGGCGCCGGCUGGGAGCCGACCAGCUCUUCAGGGAGUCAGACACGGCGUCCUGGGAGAUCCCCUUGGUCACCCUGAAGGACGAGGGCCACUACGAGUGCAUCGCCAUCAGCAGCGCGGGGACGGGGCGAGCCAGAACCUUCCUGGACGUAUCAGGUAACGGUGGAGAACCCACCAACACCACACCACCAACCACGUGGCUGCAGGACACUGAUCUGACCCCACAUCAGGCAGGGGGAGGAGCUCCUGGAGAGGUUAGGGAGGGCAGGUCAGUCAGGCCCCCAGUACGUUAUCAGCUGAAGAAAUAGCUUUGGGUCUAUGUUCCUGUGAAUGUUCAUUUCGUGAUGAUUUCCAGACACAGAACAAAUGAUUUCCACUGUGCUGCCUUUGGCUAGCGUGUCAAUAUAUCUC